UCUGUCGCUCCCUUACAAUGAUAGUGUCAGCUUCAAUCCUUCUGCUUCCCAGUCAGGCAUAGCAGCACCGAAGAAGCCACGAUAUGGAUUACCUACCUGACCCUUUGCUCCUCCUCAUCGUUACUCCCCACAUUCUCCUGAUGGCGAGAGUGUACUAUUCCUUCAUGUCUUUCCAGUUGGACAGGAAAUCUUUGAGAUCGUUCUCUCCCCCACCAAUCGUGGUAGGACAAAAGGGCGUCACCGAUCCGAUUAUUUCCAGGGUCAUCUUCGCCCACGCGGCUUGGAAGUGGAUAGAAGCAAUUCAACGGGCGAGACCUGGUCUCAUUCCCAUUGUUAUCGCCACUUGCUUAGUUUUGGUCUCGUUGUAUGUUUCAUUCUCAACACGAGGCUGGGAGCACCGAUUUUAUUAGGAUCACCUACAUGAAUCUGGGUUCAUGGGCAUCAAUCUUGCAGCCGGGGUCCAUCAGAGUCUCCCUUGCCCUGAUGCGUUAAGACGCUGCAACCAAUCUGUGGCGCUCAUGGGUCUGAAGCGCCCAACAUGAAUG